UUCCCUUAUAUUCACGUUCAUUCGCGAUCUAUCGGUACAGCUGUGAUGAGUGUCGUUGUUCCGAUGUCGUACCCAGUUCGUUAGUUAACGUAAACGAUUCACGAACAUAUUUUUUCAUUUUCGAAAUUUGAAAUUCGUCGCGAACUCGCGAUCUACGUACGUUUAUUUUAUUUUCGAAAUUUGUCGCGAAUCUACGAAUAUUUCAUUUUAAAAAUUCAUCGCAAUCGUCACUUUGGAUGCCAGUUUCGAAUAUUUGCUCGGAUUUUCUUGCUAGAUAGGAAGUGUACUUAGAGGCUCGACAUUGUGAUGAGCAGCCUCUUCGUGGAUUACGUCGUAUUCGGAUUAUUGAUAGUCGCGACAUUAGGUUUCAAUGUCUACAACAAUUUCGCCGGACCUAAGGAAAAAACCAAAGCAGACUAUGUUUUCGCCAGUGGAAGGUCCACAUCCACGUGGGCUAUGCUGCUAUCCAUUUCCAGAGGAUUCUUGGGUGUACGAGUUUUCCUUGGAUACCCUUCGGAGUUAUUCUAUAGGGGCAGCGAGAUGUGGGAAAUUAUGUACGGAAUGUGUUUAGCUUUCCCUGUCGUUGCUUAUUUUUUUGUUCCUGUUUAUUUCAGUUUAGGAAUUACCUCAGUUUAUCAGUAUUUGGACUUGAGAUUUAACUCUCGACUAGUGCGAUGCCUAGCAAGUGGCACAUACGUCAUGCGGAAUUUGUUGAAUUUAGGAGUUACAGUCUUCACACCCUGUGUUGCGUUGAAGACGGUGAUCGGAGUGCCUUAUUGGAUGUCGAUCGUUGCUAUGGCCAUGAUUGGUAUUGUUUUAACCGCGAUGGGAGGAUUACGAACGGCCAUAAUGGCAGAUGUGAUCCAAGGAUUGAUAAUGAUCGCUUGCAGUAUAGCUGUCAUAAUCCAAGGUACGUUUACAGCCAAAGACGGUCCACUCAGCGUUAUUACAAAACCGUAUGAACGUGGAAGAUUGAAUUUUUUCAACUUCGAUUUUGAUCCUACAAUACGAGUGACCACUAUUUCUGCUCUGCUGGGACAAUUUUUCAUAUCGUUGUCGCUUUAUGGAUGUCAGCAAAGUUUCGUUCAACGAUAUCUCAGCAUGAAAACCCAAGAGAAAGUCGUUAGGACAUUGUGGUUGAAUGUACCGUUCAUGGCAAUGCUGAUGAGUUUAUCAUGGGUCGUCGGUAUGGUCGUUUUUGCUCAUUACGCGGAUUGUGAUCCAAAACGUCUCGGGUACAUUUCGCAAAUCGAUGAAAUUUUGCCAUUUUACAUCGAAGACAAGUUCACUUUCUUACCUGGAUUUUUGGGAUUAACAAUGGCGUGCUUGUUCAACGGAGGACUUAGCUUCUUUGUAUCAAAUCUCAAUUCAAUGGCUACCGUCGUUUGGGAAGAUUUCCUAUCGCAUACAAGAGCUAUGAAACAUCUAAGCGAUAAAAAUCAACUUUUUGUUAUUAAAUUAACAGGCGGUGCUUUAGGCUUGUGUAUCGCCGGAGUAGCCUUUAUGGUGUCGUAUUUUUCCGGAGUAAUCGAAUCGUCCAUGUUGAUGACUUCUGCGACGAGUGGACCUUUAGUGGGAGUUUUCGUCUUAGCUAUGUUCGUUCCACUGGCUAAUUGGAAAGGCGCCGCAAUUGGAAUGAUUGCUAGUCAUGCGGUUACAAUUUGGCUAAUCGCUGGAUCGAUGACUUUAGAAAAACAGCCAAUUCACUACAUGCCUACGUCCACGAACGAUUGUGCAAAUAUGUCGUUCAUGAGCCACGUUUCGAAGUUUACCCCAGCGCCUACUACCCCUGCGCAUUUGGUGCCCCAUUCAUAUCCGAAUGAAUUUGUCGAUGAUUUAGUCGAACCACCUACGUCUGGUGAUUCGUAUUUGAAAAUUGUGCUAGCUGAGAAUAACGAUAUUUUCACCACGUUUUACCGCAUAACCUACAUGUAUUACGCUUUAAUAGGCUGCUUCAUUACAGUCACUGUAGGCGCCAUCAUAAGUUAUUUCACCGGUUCGAGCGACGAGCAUAAAUACAGCGAAUCAUUAUUGCAUCCAAUAACGCGAAAAUUAUGCAAGCUGCUAUGCUGUCUGCCAAGUUGCUGCACAGGCGAAAGUUCGCCUAGACCUAAACGAGUUCCUAGUAUGAGUGAAAAAUUAGCCUCGCAAGAUUUCCCCAGCCAAGUUGAUACAAUUGAUGAAAAAUCGUCGAAAAUGUUCUGUUAUACCAACGAUGCAUUUAAUGCUGAUACUGAUAGUCGUGGACAAGAAGUAAUUAGCUGAGGAACAUUAUUAUAUCUACAUAGAUGGAUUAGCGUUACCUUUUGUAAAUAAUAUGUAAAAAUCUUAUCCGCACUCGCUUCAAGGAGUGUUUUAAUUGUAUUUUUUUGUGCCCAUCGAUUUUAGUCAUUUAAUGAUAUUGUGAUUUUAGUCUAUAGGUAACUCGUAUGAGAUUGUAAUAAGUACGCGACGAUUUCUAUGUGAAUUUUUUUAGUCAUUUUUUUUAAUUUUUAAUUUUCUUCGUUUUGUCGUAUACCUACUUGCAGUUGAUUUCGUUCGUUGUCUUCUUUGUAAUGACAAGUUUCGAGUUUUUGGAAAAUGUGAUUUUUCAGAUUUUUUUAAAUAGAAGUUUUCAUGUUUCGUUAUCGAUUAAAAUGCUCAUUUGACUCGAUUUCGUCAAUAUGCACCUACGAAUAAAAAUGUUCUAAUGGUGUC